UUUUCAGUGAAGAGUUUCAUGGUGGAAGCCAAGGAUGACUUUUUGUCAAAAUGGGAACAAACCACAACAAAAUCGAGUUCGAAACUAAAGGAUUUUGAGAAGGAAUGCACACUGGGAACGGGAUCUUUCGGCAGAGUGGUCCUAGUACUCCAUAAAAAGGAUAAAAAUUAUUACGCCAUGAAAGUUCUCAACAUGCAAAAGGUUAUAAAGCUGAAGCAGGUGGAGCACACGUUGAACGAGAAGAACAUCCUUCGCUCCAUCGAUCAUCCUUUCCUUGUUAGAAUGCACUACGGGUUCAAGGAUGCUUGUAAUUUGUACAUGGUUCUUGACUUCAUAAAUGGAGGUGAGAUGUUCUCGCAUCUGAGAUCUGUCGGAAAGUAUAGCGAGCUGCAGACAGAGUUCUACGCGGCCCAGAUUGUCAUGGCCUUCGAGUACCUCCACGCACUGGAUCUCAUAUACAGAGAUCUCAAACCGGAAAAUAUUCUCAUCGAUUGUCGGGGUUACGUCAAAAUUACAGAUUUCGGUUUCGCGAAACGAACGAAGGGGCGAACCUGGACCCUUUGUGGCACUCCAGAAUACAUGGCUCCUGAAAUUAUUCUCAGCAAAGGUUACAACAAGGCAGUUGAUUGGUGGUCAUUCGGUGUCCUGGUUUUUGAAAUGGCUGCUGGCUAUCCGCCCUUCUACGCCGACCAACCAAUCCAAAUUUACGAAAAAAUUGUGGCCGGAAAAGUCAAGUACCCAGGUCACUUUAGUGCCGAGAUAAAAAGUUUUGUGGGCAGCUUGUUGCAAGUGGACAUCACCAAACGCAGUGGAGCCAUGAAGAGCGGCAUUGAUGACAUCAGAAACCACGCCUUCUUCCUCACCACUGAUUGGGUGGGACUUUUCAAGGGCAAGCUGAAGGCCCCUUACGUACCACAAUGUAGUGGACCUGGAGAUGCGGGGAACUUUGAUGAGUAUGAUGAAGAUGAUGAAGAUGAAGAUGACGAAGAGUUUCAAGGCCAAGAAUUUGAUGAUUUUUGAUUGGAUGAUUGAUUGUUUGAUGAGUUAUAAGUGGCUGAUUGAAUGGUUGAUGAUUUCUGAAUGGCUGAUUGGUUAAACGAUCAACUUUGAUUAGUCGAUUGAUUAGUUGAUGAGCUUUGAUUGGCUGCGUGAUUAAUUGAAGAGUCAUGAAUUGCUGAUGAUUUCUGAUUGGCUGAUUGUGUGAUUGAAUGGUGAAUUUUAAUUGGCUGGUUGAUA